AUGGCCGAAGCCGCCGCCCGCGCCUCGCCUGCCCAGGCCAAGAAGAUCGUCAAGCAGCUGAGCGCGACUUCGCCCGCGCGCAUGACGAUUGAGUCGGGGCAGAACAGCUUCCACUACAUCCACCUCGAGGGCGUCUGCUUUCUCUGCCUCGCGGAGCGGUCGUACCCGAAGCGCCUGGCGUUCAGCUACCUGGACGACCUGCAAAAGGAGUUUCUGGGAAAGUUCCGCGACGAGAUCCCCUCGGCCUCGCGCCCGUAUGCCUUCAUCCGCUUCGACACCUUCAUCCAGCGCACCAAGAAGCUGUAUCCAGCCGCGUUUCCGCGCAACUCAAAUUUUGGCUAG